AUGAUUACGGUAUUGGAAGCUAAUAAAUUAGUGACACAAGUAGAAGAACUUGAUGACAUUAAUGUCCCCAACGAACCAUCAACGUUUACAUGUUCUACAUCUAGAUCUAUGACAGUGGCUCAGUAUUCUGAUGAACACAAUAUUGUACAGAUACAAGGACCACCACCAAAGAGACAGAAACAAUUGACACUAAUGAAUAGGUUUAGUUUACCACCUGAAAGUAAAGUGGACCAAUUCAAUAAAGCUGUUAUUGAAAUGAUUGCAGAAGAUAUGCAACCAUUAUCAAUCGUAGAGAACAGGGGAUUCAGAAAACUUAUUAACCUACUUGAUUCACGUUAUAAGUUGCCUAGCUGCAAACUUAUUGGAACUACGCUUAUACCAAAUUUGUAUGAAUCAACUCGAAAGAUAAUUGAAACUAUUUUGUCUCAUACAAAAUAUGUAUCACUUACAUCAGAUAUUUGGACUUCAUUACAAAAACUAGAAUCUAGUCAUACAGCACAGUACUUAUCUGAAGUACUAAAAGAUAUUAUUAAAGAGUGGAAAAUAGAAACCAAAGUUGCAGCAAUUGUGACAGACUCUGUUGAAAAUAUUAAGGCAGCAAUAAAAUUACUAAAAAUUGAACAUAUUCCAUGUGCGGCUCAUAAAUUGAACAAUGCUGUAAAAAAUUCUUUAAAAAGUGAAUUUGAGGAAAAUGACAUUGAUACUAACCAAACUGAGGAAAUAGAAAUGAUGAAGCUGGUCAAAAUAUGUCAUUCUAUUAUUGGGCAUUUUAAACACAGCAACCCAACGAGAAUUCUUCAUGAGAAACAAAAACAACUAAAUUCUCCUGUUUUAAAACUUAAGCAAGACAUAGCAAUUCGUUGGAUUAGUACACUUAUCAUGAUGAAAUGUUUGCUAAUAGUUAAAGAACCACUGAUGCUAGUUUCAAUGGGCUUACCACAAUGUCCAGACAUGCCAUCAAAUGAACAGUGGCAAAUCAUUAAUGAUUUUGUUAUACUUUUGAAACCUUUUGAAAGCUUAACAAUACAACUAUCAUCAAAACAACGACCAACCUUGUCAAAAAUUAUUCCAUAA